GGUGGUGGAGGGCGGCGGCGGCGCUGGCUGCGGAGGAGACGGACCAGCGGGAAAGAAGGGAGAAGCCACACCCGCUGGCUUGGACGUCUUAGAGAUGGAGAAGGAAUUCAACCAGAUCGACCAGGCCGGCAGCUGGGCGGCCAUUUACCAGGAUAUUAGACAUGAAGCCAGUGACUUUCCCUGUAAAGUGGCCAAACUUCCAAAAAACAAAAAUCGAAAUAGGUACAGAGAUGUCAGUCCCUUUGACCACAGUCGAAUUAAGCUACAUCAUGAAGAUAAUGAUUAUAUAAAUGCUAGUUUGAUAAAAAUGGAAGAGGCCCAAAGAAGCUAUAUUCUCACUCAGGGUCCUCUCCCUAACACAUGUGGUCACUUUUGGGAGAUGGUUUGGGAACAGAAAAGCCGGGGAGUCGUCAUGCUUAACAGAGUGAUGGAAAAAGGAUCAUUAAAAUGUGCACAAUAUUGGCCCCAAAAAGAAGAAAAGGAAAUGAUCUUUGAAGAUACAAAUUUGAAAUUAACUUUGAUUUCUGAAGAUAUAAAAUCAUAUUAUACAGUCCGCCAGUUAGAAUUGGAAAAUCUUACAACACAAGAAACUAGAGAAAUCCUACACUUUCACUAUACCACAUGGCCUGAUUUUGGAGUCCCAGAAUCUCCUGCCUCCUUCCUGAACUUUCUUUUUAAAGUCCGAGAGUCAGGAUCCUUAAACCCUGAGUAUGGACCUAUUGUUGUACACUGCAGUGCUGGGAUUGGGAGAUCAGGAACGUUUUGUCUGGCUGAUACGUGUCUCUUGCUGAUGGACAAGAGAAAAGAUCCUUCUUCUGUAGACAUUAAGCAGGUCCUUCUAGAAAUGCGAAAAUACAGAAUGGGGCUCAUCCAGACAGCAGACCAAUUGCGUUUCUCCUAUUUGGCUGUUAUUGAAGGAGCUAAAUAUAUUAUGGGGGACUCUUCUGUUCAGGAGCAAUGGAAAGAACUCUCCAAUGAGGAUUUGGAGCCACCUCCAGAGCAUACUCCGCCACCACCCAGGCCACCAAAACGGAUAUUAGAACCACACAAUGGAAAAUACAAAGAAUUCUUCCCAAACCACCAGUGGAAAAUGAAUGAAAUGGAAGCUAAAGAACAAGAUGGUCCUGUUGUAGAAGAAAGCAUAACUUCCUUAACUGUACCACUGACCACAGAAAGUCAAGGCACUGGAGUUAGAAGGAGAACUGUUAGUGAACAUCAGAAUGCCGUGUCCACCAAAGAAGAGCCAUCCCCAGAAGACGAUGAAGACAAUAUGGCGACCACCUGGAAGCCCUUUCUAGUCAAUAUCUGUAUGUUCACUGUCCUCACAGCUGGAGCUUACCUCUGUUACAGGAAUAUGCAUUUGGGCUGCUUCCCAUUUCUUUGCUGAAGAGACCAUACCUCUUUUCUGUUGAAGUGAAGCACAUUCUUGUAAACCCAGGUAUGGAAGCCUAAAGUCUCAUCUCUUUACAGGCU